GUGUUAGCCUGUUGUCAGUUUUCAGAGAUAGGUGGCAGUUUGAGAGAAUUGAGGCGGAAAACCUUGCUACUAAGUUGGUAGCCAUAAUAUUAUUAACCGAUGCUUGAAUUAAUAUUUUGGUUUGUAAACCGACAAUAAGAUGUAGAGUUCAUAGUAGUUUACUAUUGUUGAUGGUUCUGGCCGAACUUCUGUCCAGAAGACACGAAAAAGAGCAUGAUCGUCACAAAAGAAAUUAUUCUCUCUGCAGCGGAGACAAGAGUGCUGUGGAUAAGCUAACGUUAUUCAUGUCAAUCACUAGCUUUGCUGCUAGCUAGUUUGUAGGUUUCGUUUAUAGACUAAGUUUCAAGGAAACUUAAAAUAAAAACUUAACGUUUAGAUAGCAAGCGAAUGCUUUUAUACGAAGAGGCGAAACACUGGCUAGCUAACUUUGAAGCUCGGUCUUGAGAAGUUGCGUGUGUUCCGAUUCAAGUAGCCUUCGGCGAGGAUGUCGUGCCGUAGCGGAAUGGGGGUGAUAAGGGGGGGCACCACAGGUCUACAACCUCUAAGAGCCACGGUUCCAUUCCAGCUACAUAACAAAACGCAGCCGGGCCCGAGAGAUGCCAAGACAGCUGAGAAGACCAAAUUGCGACCCCCAAAACCAAGCAUCCGUCGUACACUGUCUCUUGACACCAUCGUUGGACCCUACCUGCAGGGCCAGUGGCCAAAGGAGCUGGACAGCCAGGGGAUCUACUGCAUGAACGACAAGGCCACACAGACGCCCUCUUCGUGGACAGAGGAAGUUCAGGGCAAAAGGGCGGGCGGGGUGCACAAGCGCUCCGCGUCCUGGGGCAGCGCCGAACACCUAAGAGAGAUCGCUAAGCUGAAACAGCAGCUGCAGCAGCGCUCCAAGCAGGGGUCCCGCGGGGGCCGCGACAGAGAGCGGCACCCCCCGCCCCUAUCUGGGAGCCAUUCCCCCGGGGCCACGCAGACGAUGCCCCUGCCCAUACCCCUGACGCCCCUCAGCAAGCUGACGCCCCGCCUGCGCCACAGCGUGGAGGGGCUCAACCAGGAGCUGGAGGGGGUGUUUGUGUGCGGGACGCCUGACGAGCAACACCGGUUUCUGGAAGUUCCAGAUGGCCACAAAGCCCCCGUGCCCCCCCAGAGUUGCAGCAGCGGCGGGUCCCAGAGCGACCCCUCCCCUGCGCUCCUCUCGACGACCUCCUCCCCGUGCUCCUCCCUCUCCCCCUGCGCCCUCGGGGACGCGGCCACGGAUACGGACACGGACGCGGAGCUCAUUGGCUGCGGGAUGCUGUGCCCGUCGCCUUCGCCGCCCCUGAGCAGCGCGGAGCCCUCCCCCCUGGAGCUGUCCUCCUCCCCGCGGCCCAACAAGAGCUACUCCUUCCAGAGGGAGCCCCCCGAGGGCUGUGAGAGAGUGCGCGUCUGCGAGGAGGCCCUCUCUCCCUGCCUGGGCCAGGCCUCCUUCCUCUCGUCCUGUCCCGACCCCAACAAGGUGAACUUCACCACCCACGGAGGCUCGGCCUUCUGCCCCGUCAGCCUGCUGAAGCCUCUCCUCCCCUCCAUGGACAUCUUGUUCCGAAGCCUCUCCGUCUCUCCCGUCACCGGCUGCUCGGGGCAGGGCGGGGCCGCCUACCAGCCGGCCCCGCCCGGGGUGGGUGUGUACCUGGGCCCCCUCUCAGACUCUGCCACCACUGCCAUGUAAGGGGGCACGCCCUUGGGAGAGAGUAGACAAACGGCAAGGGUGGAGAGUCUACUGUUGGUUAUGAGUGCGAGUGCCUCCCUGCGUUCCGUCUCAUCACCAGUUGGUUUGACAAUGCAUCAAGGACUUCCUGAUCGCUUGAGAAUGAUUGUGGCUCCAAAAAAGUGUUCUGGGGAGGGGGGUGGGGAUGGGGAGUUACCAUAAUGAUCAGGAAAAACUGUCUCACUUCUGAGUUGCCUCCACAGUUUUUUUUUCUGAGAUGACACCAAAGCCACUGUGCUCUGCUUCUGUCGAGCCCACCAGCAGAAUUGACCAAUGAAGGAUUUAUCAGGGAAUUUGUUUGAUUGCCAUACUCCCCCCCCCCUUGCAGAAAGAAAAAAAAAAA